CUUGGCUUAGGGCUGCUUCUCCUUAGGACGGUCAGGAACGGUGAAGUUUAAGGAAGCCCAUAGUUUUGAGGCAAGCAGUGACCCCCAGUACCCCAUCACACCCUAAACUGCUGGACUGAAGGAGGAAGCCCCUCUUCUUGUGCAACAAAGAUAAAGCAAGGGGAAGAAGCCAGAGAAUAAGGGGCUUUCUAAAUUUUUCCUUGGGAGUCCAGAAUUUGAACAGACUAUUUGGAGUCUGGGAGUGGAGGUUUCCUUCCGAUACCAAGGAAUUUAGCCAAGAGAGAAGGGAAGGGGAAACGAAAGGCACUGCCUACCCAGCUGUCUCGAUCCCUUUGGGUGGUAGCUUCUUAGGAACCCAGCUGCUCUUUUUCCAAAGCAGAAAUUCCAGACUAUAGCUAAAAUCAUCAAAUCCUAGACAGUAGCUGGGAGGAGUCCUAGACUUCACCUCUCCAGAACCCCUCAUUAGGUAAAGGACGCCUUUGGGGCUCAGAGCACAGGAGUGACUUGCAAGUUAGUGGAGGAGCCAAAGUGAGAAUGCAAGUUUCCUCACUUCCAAUCUUGUGCUCUUUCCAUUAUAUUUGCAGCGUGCAACUCCUUAACCCUCCAGCCCUCCACCACCCACUGCCACCCUGCUUUGCACUUACUUUGCUAUAAAUCAUUAAUACAAACCACAUGCAGUACUUUAGGGGGGAGGUAUAUUCUGAAAUCUCCCACACACCGGGCUGUGAUCUGAACCCCCGGAGGAAACAAACCUUAAUCCAUUUUUCUUGGGGAAUGGCCAGUUAUGUAACCAGCAAGCUAAGUGAAGACGGUCAACAGUUAGCAGAGGAAGGCACAUAUUCUUCUAAGCCCACAUCAACUUGUGGAGGGCUUCUCUUGACUGCCCAGCCACAAUUUGUACAAUCUCUCUUUUGACAUCCCCAGAGUCCCUUCCAGCAAUCAGAGUGGUCACAGUCUGUAGGGCAUAUGUAACUAGUGCUUACUUGGCUUCCUUUCUAUGUAAUGCUGCUGAAAUGUUGUGUAUAAUUUCAAUUAUUUGUCAACUGGUUUGGGUUUUAAAUGCAUCAGAGGAAUCUUGCUCUUUAUAGGGAAUACUUGAUCAAAUUUAAAAAGAAAUUAUUCGAUGCAGUGAGUAAUCAUGUGCUAAUGUCUCUUUUAAAAUUAACUAACCGUUUGAAUGUUUACAGGGUGUUACUCAAUGCAGGGCACAAAUUUAUCCUUCGGGUCAUACUGCUUGUUUAUACAUUUGUUUAUAUGUUUAUAUAUUUAGAGUGCUCAAAAUGGAGCCACCUUCUGCCCUUCAGACUCUUCCCUUUUAGGGCAACGUGAUGGCCCCAGCACCCACCCACAACUCUCUCCCAGCACAGACACUAUCACAUGAGGGCGGUACCACUUUAGGAAACGGACAAAAACAGACCCUCUCAUUACCAAAGGAUUCCCUACUGGAUUCCGUUAAAUAGUUGGUUGCACAAAAGUGCCUCUGUUGCAGAAGGUGAGGUUCUCCUAUACUGGGAAGCAGGGAGAGGGAAAAAGAUAUUUGAGGUUUCUGAAGCUCAGGCAGUAUGAGAGCUGUGGGGAAAUUAGCACUGAGAAGGUUAAUUCUUCCCAGGAGGGUAAAGCUUUAAUGACAAGCCAUCUUUAAUGAGAUUAGCGUGAGAGCUCAUAUCUACAAAUAAGAUCAGGCUGAGGCCAAAGCCAGCUGCCUCCUCUGUGGAGCAGAGGUGGAGGGCAGGCGAAUAGGCAACAAGGAGAGAAAAGGAAGGUGUUUAGAAAAUAUAAAAGGAACAUAAAUUCCUCCACGUUGAAAUGUUACACUUCAAAUUCCCUGAGAUUCUCGGCUGCAGAUUCUCUGGGGGCCAUGAUGACUACCCACUACAGUCCACGUGACUACUGAGGUGAGGGACCAGGCUUUGUGAGAGCAUCCCCCCAGAGUCCUGGCUCAGGAGCUUUAAGUCAGCCAUUGACACUUGCUUAGACCCCACUGGUGUCCUAGCUGUGGGUUCCACACUGUGGAGGGCCAUCAAGGAGUUAGAAAACAUGGACCCUGCCCCCUGGUGCUCAGAAUGUAGGUCUGGAGGUCAAAUGGGUACAUAUGAUCACACACAAGUGAAAGAGACUUAAGAACAACUAUUGACCCAUUCAGCAUUGAGUGAUGGGGUUUAUUUUCCUAAGCCUUACCCUGUGAGUCUGUCAGAGUUAGAAAUCUUCGAUUAUAAGCACCUACCAUCCCUUGGGAACACAGAAUCUAACACACUGUUGUGCACCACAAAUCUGCUAAACCACCCCUAAGCACCUGUGCUCAGUGUGAUAGAAGAGAAACAUCACUGUCCAUGGUAUGGAGAGAUAGGGGUUCUGAGACUGUCAACUCUCUCAUGAACUUGCUGUGUGACUUUGGCUAGAUCCUGCCCCCUCUCUGGGCCUCACAAGUGAAUCUUCAAGGUCCCUGUUGGUUUUGAUAAUGGUGCAUGAUGCAAAGCUGUACGUUUGAACAAAUUAGAGAGCAAUUCAAGAGUGCUUCUAAUCUAGAGCUCGACAGCGCUAGGCCAACUGAAUGCUGAGACUAGAGUCCUGUCAUUCUGUAUCACUGUUACUAAUUCUGAACAAUCCAGUUUUCUGAAACCACCCCCUCCCAAACAGCAGCACUUCUAGCCGAGCGUCCUCUAAAUGGCCUUUGAGGAAUCAGGCAGGGAGGGGGCAGCACAGAGCCCCAGGCCUCUAUCAUUUGACACAUCCAAGCCCAACAGGUGCACAGGCCCCGCCACUCUUCAGAUUUGGACAGCAGAGAGGAGGGAGGGUGGCCUUGGCAGAUCCACAGAGAGCAGAGAUCCAACUCUCCAGCCUGUGGCCCAGAGACAUUUGAAAUGCCAUUUGGUGAAGUCUGGGUUUUUCCUUUUUUGUUUCAAUUUUCUUAGAACCACUCGGAGAAGAUUACAGUUUCAGACCUCAAGUAAUGGCUGCAAUCAGUCAAUCAACAAAUAUGUGCUGAGCAUUUGCUACGUGCCCAGAUUUUUGCCUAGGGUAUGGCAUUGGGGGUGGGAUGACUAAGGAAGUAUCAGUUGGCAUCCCAGGUGGUCUGUCCAACCAGCUUAAGGCAGGAAGAGGUUCCAGCGUGGGCAACAGUCAGAGAGGCAGCAAGUAACCUCUAUCUCUUGUUUCUGUUGGGAAGACAGUCUGUUUUGAGGAGGGGUGCAGCAGCUGGCCUCUCGUCCUGAUGUCCCUCCCAGGCUAUUUUUAGGCACAACUUAGGACAGUGAGGUUGAGCAGCUGAAAGUGUACAGGGUGUUACGACAAAGCUGGCUUGGGCUGAAAACUUGCCAUCACGGACACAAGUGUCUAAAACUACUCCAUCCUCCAGUGUUGAGCUCAGCUCUGCCCUGACAGGCCAGACAAAGUUAAGCGGGAAGCCAAGGCUUCAGGACAGAGCAGUGACAUGAGCAGUCCUAGGGGAAGAGCCCAAAUGUCUGAAGCUGAGAAUAAGACUUGCACCUCUAUGGAAAGAAUAUUGGGUCAAAAUGGGUCAUAGAAAGAUAUUUCCUGCAAAAGAACAGAGAGAAAGAAAAUCUGCCUCUUGUAACAACAGGUAUGUUUAUGGGACGAUCAGGAUGAAGUGAACCAGAACUACUUAGCAGAUGAAGAGGAAGAAGCAGAAGAAGAGGCUCGGGUGAUGGUAGUACCCAAUUUGAAGGAGGAGGAGGAAGAAGAGGAGGAGAAAGAAAAGGAGGAAAAGGAGGAAGAGAGUCAGGGUCAGGAAACAAGCAAUGCCUGGUGGCAAAAAUUGCACAUUGUGAACGAAUACCUGUGGGAUCCGGAGAAAAGGAUGUCUCUGGCCCGAACAGGUCAGAGUUGGAGCCUGAUCUUAGUCAUUUACUUCUUCUUCUAUGCCUCCCUGGCUGCUGUGAUCACCCUCUGCAUGUACACGCUAUUUCUAACCAUCAGUCCUUACAUGCCGACCUUCACCGAGAGGGUGAAGCCUCCUGGAGUUAUGAUCAGACCCUUCGCCCAUAGCCUUAACUUCAACUUCAACGUUUCUGAACCUGACACUUGGCAGCAUUAUGUGAUUAGCCUAAAUGGCUUUCUCCAGGGUUAUAAUGACAGUCUUCAAGAGGAAAUGAAUGUAGAUUGUCCUCCGGGCCAGUACUUCAUCCAAGAUGGUGAUGAGGAUGAGGACAAGAAAGCCUGCCAAUUUAAGCGCUCCUUCCUGAAGAACUGCUCUGGCCUGGAGGACCCUACUUUUGGCUACUCUACUGGACAGCCCUGCAUCCUUCUAAAGAUGAACCGGAUUGUUGGCUUUCGUCCUGAGCUUGGAGACCCUGUGAAGGUUUCUUGCAAAGUUCAGAGAGGUGAUGAAAAUGACAUCCGAUCCAUCAAUUACUACCCAGAGUCGGCUUCUUUUGACCUCCGCUACUACCCUUACUACGGCAAACUGACUCAUGUUAACUACACCUCCCCGCUGGUGGCGAUGCACUUUACAGAUGUGGUAAAGAACCAAGCAGUGCCUGUGCAGUGCCAACUGAAGGGCAAAGGCAUCAUAAAUGAUGUCAUCAAUGAUCGUUUUGUGGGUAGGGUAAUCUUUACUCUGAACAUAGAAACCUAAGGACUUCAGGGAGCCACUCCCACCAGUUCUGUUUCUGUUCUAUUUUGUGUUACCCUGGUACCACCUGAAUUCUUUUUCUGCCAUCGGGACACAGCCAAAUGGACACCUAAGAUAGCAGAUCAUCUUUCCUUGCUUUUGACAUAUGUAUAAAAUGACAUUGUGGGAGCUAUUUGAUUUUUUAAAGGUAGUCUCUCCUGAUGACAAAUAGAUUAUAUUAAUUUCCUUUCCCCCUGCUUAAAACUAAAACCCAUUGUUGCUGCUAGAAGUCUCACUGUAGUGUAAACACAGUAUCUGAUAAAAUUCACAAUAGUCAUAAAAGAGAAUUUCUAUAAUGAUUAUAAAUUCAUGUUUUCUAAAACUUUGUUGUUUUUAGAGAUGAGAUUCCUUCCAACCAGGCUGAUAACUAACCCUUUUUUUAAAACCUGCCUGGCAAGGUCUUUCCCUGAGAAUCACCAACCAGACCAAUCCAGAAUACACCUAGGGCCACCAUGCCUAGGGAACUCUAUAUCCAGAGGUGCCUGUGAAACUGGCUGCCUCACAUGGGCAACUAAAUACUGAUGCAAAGACUAGCUUAUCUUCAACUGGGACAGAAGUCAGUGAUAACUGGAUAUUGUUCUGAGAUAGACCAGAACAUGGACCUUCCCUAUGACUUUUUUGGGAGGUGAGGCCCACUGCAAUUGGGGAGAACACCUACCAUGUGGAUGUGACUGGUAUUUGAUUCCUUGCUUUGUGGUGUAAUCAUCCAAAGGCAAACAUUCCUGCAAAAAGAUUUGUCUCAGCUUCAGGCAGAGGAGAAAACAAAGAAGAUCUCUACCAGCUGAUUCUUAUUUGUUUGACAGUAGUAUGAUGUCUCAAAGGAGACCAUCAGAGAUGGAUGUAUUGACGCCCCCAAUACAGCUCCAAGGACGGAAAUGAGGGUCUCCCAAUUGAUGUGUGGUAAGACAGAAAGCCCCUGACAGGCCACCUUAAAUCCAAGGCCCAUUAGCCAGCUUUUCAUUUGCUUAAGAAAUGAUAUGAAGCAGAUAUUUAUCCAGGCUGUGGAUCGGCCAGGCAGCUUGGUCUUAUCUUUGGCCAUGAGACUGUUGAAUUGCUCCUUAACACCUCCACCAGGGGGAGGGCUGGGACAAGGAGAAAAAGAGUAUCGGAGAAGAGCAGAGUGUCAGGGUCCAAAGCAAGCUUAAAUGCUACCUAGAAGUAUCCAGAGUCUGAAUCUCCUCUACUAUGUUCACCUGCUCCCAAAACAGGGAACGGAUAGUCUGGUAGUGAAGACAAACAAGAGAAGUAACUGCAACAUAGUAUGACAAGAGUUAUAAAACUAGUAUGUGGAAAUGCUAUGGAAACAUGAGGAAAAGUAACUUAAGCUGAGAAAGUAGCAGAGGCCAUUUCACAUGCAAAGUCACCAUCACGAAAGUCCAUGGUGUGUUUGGGCAACUGUGAGCAGUUCAUGUAAAUGGAGCGUAAAGGGCUCAGAGCAAUGGCAGGGAGUGGCGGGGAUGGGGCUAGAAAGGUGUACAGGUACUGAAAGCAGACUCUGAGUUUUAUCCAGUAAGUGAAAAGGAGUCAUUAAAGCAUUUUAAGCAGGGAAGCUCCGUGAUCAUAUUUACAUUUUCAAAAGAGCACUUUGGCAGCCACUAUGUGAAGUGUGGGUUGGAGGGGGCAAGUCUGUGGAAUGAGCAAUGAGGGAACAGGAGGAGUCAAGAAUGACUCCAGGCUUUUGAGCCUGGCUCGAACCAGUGGGAUGGUGGUAUUGUUGAUUAAGCCUGGGAAUCCAUGAGUAGAGCAGGAUUGGAGAAGAAGAUGCUGAGACCAGUUUUGGACAUGGUGAUUGGCUUGUGAUUUCUACUGGUUACACAGAUAUGGAGAUGUAAAUAUAAGUGGGGUUGGGAAGAAGGAAAUCUGCGAAUGAAAGCAGCAUUUGCUUAAGUGAACUCUCUCAAGAAAGUCUAGGCUAUUUAAUCAUGGGAAUUUGAGCCACUUAAGUAAACACACCACAGCAAUCUAGUCUCUCAGGUAGUGCUUCUCUCCUGGCUUAUGGCAGGAAGCGCUGCUUCUGCUCUCUGGAAUCUCCUUCCCAGACACCUUCCCACUCUUAUUGACAGAGUAGAGGGAGCUGACUGCUGUUGACAAGUGAUCAAAGAUAUGUGGAAAACACAAAAAAACAAUGAAACUGUCUCCUCCCAAUCCCUUUCCUUAUGAAAUUCAAUUUUCAAAACUAACCUUUAAAAAGAAACAAACCUGAAGAUAACAACUUUAUACCACCUAAAAAUUACCUCAAAUAAACUCUCAAGAUUUAGUAGUAAAAGAUAAUAGAACAUUAGAUCUGGAAAGGAUAUUAGAGAGUGUUUAGUUAAAAUAACCUGCUUUGCAUCUGACUCCAGGUCCAGUGCUCUUUCUACUCUGAUCUGCUGCUUAACAGGAAGUAUCAUCUUUUUAAAAACCAAUGAAUGAUUUCCCAAACAUUUUAAAACAUAUGUCAAAUCUGAGUUAGAAUAGUUAACAUUUCACAGGAAUUCAACUACUGGUGCUAUAUUUUAUACAUAAUACAUUACCCUGUUAAAUAUGUUGACUAUUAAACAGACAAGGAAUUAU